UUUAACCGUCGAAAAUACAAAACCCCUCUCUCUCCUCUCCACACUCUUUCUCUCUCUAACAUCAAGAAAAAUUUAAUCCCCAAAAAACAGAAUUUAGGUUCAUAAUCUUAUAUUUCCAUUUCUAAAGAUAUCCCAUUUUUAAUACUUACAAAAGAUUUGCAUUUCCAAAUCCAAUUUCAAUUCUAAUUCCAUAUAAUUCGAAUUAAUAUUUUUGGAUUUGGAAUUUGAUUAAUUGACAAAGAGAAGAAAGGAUCAAAGUCGAUCUGAUUUUUUAUUUAUUUUUGUUUUGGAAUUUUGAGUUGUGAAUAAUAAUGGCGGAUCAAGAAGAUGAAUUACAGAUGGCGUUGAGGAUGAGUAUGGAGCAGCAGCAGCCAAUCAGUUCUCCGCCGGAGCCCAAGAGAAGCAAGCCUAGAGAAAUGAACAAUUCUUCCGCUGGAGAGCCGCCGUCGGAGGUGGAGAAGGAGUCACCGGAGUUGAAGACCCGUCGUAUUCAGCGGGAGCUCAUGGCUGCCGCGGCUGAGAAGAGGAUGAUGAUGAUGACGACGGGGACUAUGUCGAAGACACCGUCACCCCCGAAUGUGAGCGUAACCGGGGCUGGUGGCCGGAUUGACAGCGAGGUGAAGAUGAGUGAGGAGGUGAAGGUGAGGGAGGUGAAAAUGAGUGAGGAGGUGAAGGUGAGGGAGGUGAAGAUGAGGGAGGAUUUAGGGGAGGAGUUGUCAAUGGAGGUGGCGAAUCAGCUGUUUUUUAUGGUUUUUGGUGGGAGUGUUACUAAGGAGGUUCUUGCUCAGUGGACUAAUCAGGGUAUUAGGUUUAGCCCUGAUCCAGAAACUUCUAUGGGCCUGGUGCAGCACGAAGGAGGUCCAUGUGGCGUGUUAGCAACAAUACAAGGGUUCGUCCUAAAAUAUCUUCUGUUUGUUCCAGAAGAGUCGAGUGAUAAUGCAUCAAGAACAUCACCGAGAUCUUGGAAACGUGAAUCUGUUACGCCAGAAAACUUUGCUUCCCUCUCAGAAGAUAUUAGAAAAAGGGCAUUUGUCAAAAGUAUGGCAGAAAUAUUAUUUCGUUGCGGAAGUAAUAAAAAGGCGGUGAUAGCAACUCUUGAUGUCCUGGACCAUAAUGAUGAAAGUGAUGGACUGCUGGAUGAGAUAAUUUUAAGAGCUCUAGAAGGCUUUUCAGUUGAGUGUGCUUCAGAUUUGCAGAAAACCCUGAGAGUAACUUCAUAUACUUCAUCUGUCAGUGCAAUGCAGGGGCUUGAGACUAUGCUUCCUAUGUUUGAAAGUCGUAUGGGGGCAAUGCUGUUCCUUAUCUCAGCAUUGCUUUCUCGAGGACUGGAAUCCGUUCAAGAUGAUAGGGAUGAUCCAAGCCUACCAUUAGUAACUGCUCCCUUUGGACAUGCAUCCCAGGAAAUUGUAAACCUUUUGCUGUGUGGGCAGGCUGUUGCGAAUGUGUUUGAUGAAAGAAUAGACUUAGGAGGUGGCAUGUUUUUGAAGGGUGUAACCACUGAUGUGGAAGUUGGAUUCCUCACCCUGCUUGAGUCCCUUAACUUUUGUAAAGUUGGACAACAUUUAAAACGGCCAAAAUUGCCGAUAUGGGUUGUGGGGAGCGAGUCACAUUAUACUGUUCUAUUUGCUUUUCAUCCUUCUGUUCAGGAUGAGAAUGAAAUGGAGGAGAGAGAAUCAAGAAUUAGGAGAGCAUUUGAUUCACAAGACCAGAGCGGAGGUGGUGGCUUCAUUAGUGUCGAGGGUUUGCAUCAAGUCCUCAAGGAAACUGGAAUAAACCUUCCUAAUGAUAAGCUUGACCGCCUUUGCAGUGCUGGCUUUAUAGUCUGGAGUGAGUUCUGGCAGGUCCUUUUGGAUUUGGAUAGAAACUUGGGAGGUUUCAAAGAUUCAUCGGGGUUAAUGGGCAAAAAGGUGUUUGAUCUCUACCAUUUUAAUGGGAUUGCAAAAUCAGUCUCAAAUGGGAACCAAGGUGAGACUCCCUUUCAAAGACCGCGGAUUACAAAGCUGAGAGUGUCGGUACCACCUAGGUGGACACCGGAGGAGUAUAUGGCAGAGGCAGCGCCCCCUUCAAGCUCUAGUGGCAGUGAAACUGGUGGGAAAGAUGCUGUUGUAACAGAGCCUCCGCAGCAUGCUCCUCUUGUAGACUGCAUUAGAACAAGGUGGGCCCGUGCAAAUUGCAAUUGGACUGGGGAUCAGCCAAGCAUCGUUUAACUUUUAUAUGAUAGUGUUGGUUCCUUUCACCGGCUCUCGUUUAUAUAUUCGGGAUUAGUGGGCAGUCUAAAAUCUAGAGUAAUGAGUUGAGGACGCUUGGGAGUUGGGACUGUUAUUCGCAGAGCACAGCUUUGGUUGAACAAACUUUUCACUGGUGGUGUUGGUUUGUGAUACAGAUAGGCACCAAAUUUUCGUGCCCUGUUGUAACUGUCAUAUUUGAUAUAUUGCUUUCAAUUUGUCGGAGUAUUUCUGGGAAGAAUAGUUCCCUGAUAAAAUUUGUUAAUAGAUUGUGCAGAUCCUUGGAUGCAUUUGUUAGCAUAAGGGAGGUUUUCUUCUUAAAGCUGAAGAGGAUCUUGUUGUAGUUUCAGUAACAAAGUUAUUCUGUAUAUUCAGUGCCUUGGUCC